CAAAAUUUUACAAGAUGGAAAUGAAAAGAAAACAAUUAUUAAGAAAAGCUCGAUUGCAUCUAUUGUACAAGAUGUAAAGAUGUGUAGAUUAAUUUGAUAAAACAGAAUGAGCAAGACAAAAGCAAAUUUUCUAGUAGAAUUGAAAGAAAAUUGGUGUAUUUUUUUGGUAAAAAGAAAUUGGUGUAGGAUAAUUUAUUUGAAUAUGUACGGCAAGAAAAACAAUGGGUAUUUGUAUCCCAAGUCCCCACCAGGCAAAGCCACUAUAUAAAGCCCACACUUUGGGAACUUAAUUGCAGCCUCUGCUUCUACCAAUCGAAAGCAAUACCCAAUAUAUAUAAUGUCGACAGAAAGCUGUGUGCAAGUUCUUCACAUGAAUGGUGGUGCGGGAGACACCAGCUAUGCUCGUAAUGCUACACCUCCGCUAAAGGUGAUGAUGAAGGCCAAGCCAAUCAUGGAAGAAAGCAUAAAGAAGAUGCUCGAAAGAAUCAUCCCUUCUCCAAGCUGUUUCAGAAUUGCAGAUUUGGGUUGUUCUUCGGGAGUUCAUGCAUUCAUUGCUGCAUCCAACAUCAUCGACACAAUUGGUAUGGUAGCAGAAGAAGCAACGAUAAGCAGCAAUAAUACUAAUAAUAGUAAUGAAAAGCCACCUACUUUCCAGAUUUUCCUUAAUGAUCUGUUUGGGAACGACUUCAAUACAUUGUUCAAAUUGAUACCUGGAUUUCUGAAAGAGAAGAGGAAAGCUGAUGGACUGUGUUUCUUUAAUGCAACACCUGGGAAUUUCUAUGGCAGACUCUUCCCCUCGCGGUCGAUACAUUUCUUCUUUUCCUCUUUCGCACUCCAUUGGCUCGCUCAGGCUCCCAAAGAGAUAAAGGGUGAAAUACAACUACCACUUGAUGAACGAAGCAAUGUUUAUUUGACAAACAAAGCUCCACCAUCUUAUAAGGGUCAGUUUAAGAAAGACUUGCACUUGUUCUUGAGAUCACGCUCUGAUGAAAUAGUUCCUGGGGGAGCCAUGCUCCUAACUUUAAUCGGCAGAUACGACACUUCUGAUUUUAUAAGCGUUCCAGGCAUCUUCCAUCAAGUGAUCAUAGAUAUGGCUUUACAGAAUAUAAUUGAAACGGCAAAAUCGGAGAGUUUGAGAUUUCCUUUAUAUCACCCUACUGCAAAGGAAAUCCAAGAAAUGAUUGACGAAGAAGGGUCUUUUAAGAUUGAAAGUUUAGAAAGUUUGAGAGUAUGUUGGGAUGGAUCAAAUCUCAAUCAAGAUGGAAGUGAUAAUGAUUUGUACUCUUUGGUGGAUGUUAGAAAGAGAGGAGUGUUCUUGACCAGAUAUACAAGAUCAGUCUUUGAACCUCUUUUAAAAGCACAGCUUGGACAAGGACUCAUGGAUGAAGUAUUUCUUAGGUUUCAGAACAAAGUUAUCCAAUUCAUGGAUAGAUUGGAAUAUCCCAUUUUGGUUUUAUCUCUCUUUGUUAAAUGAUUGGGAAUAUUAAUUUAUCAAAUUAUGUAUGAAAGACAUGAUCAAAAACAUAUACGUACGGAGCAAUUAAACAAUAAACACUGCAAUAGAGCAAUAUUAAAUAGUUUUAAUAAAUGAUGCUUAUGAGUCUCCUUAAUUUAUAAGGGUUAUAAUUGUAUUAUAUAUGUUUUGUUAUGAGU